CCUGCUCCCAAUGAUCGCAGUGAUACCACAUAUGUGUAUGUUAUUUGCUGUACAGAUCUCUCCCCUGUCAGCUCCUGCACAUUGCUUUUUAGUGCUCUGCACAGCAGAGCAACAGUAAAGCGCAUACACACAGCACACAGUAAAACAGCACACAGUUAACCCUUUGAUCGUCCCAGAUGUUAUCACCUUCUUGCCCAGUGUCAUUAGUACAUUGUCAGUGCUUUUUAUUAGCACUGAUCACUGUAUUGGUGUCACUGGGGAUGUCAUUGACAGUUAGUCAGUUCCCUCCCCAGUGUCAGAAUGCCCGCCGUAGUCCUGCUAUAAUUUGCUGA